AUGCACUUCUCAAGCCUUGCUAUAAUUUCCUGUGUCCUCCCCUCAGUCUUUGCAGCUACUGCAACUGUACAACUCGCCAAUGACCAGUCUGGUGCAAACGCCAAUGUCGCUGUCCCUGUUGAUGGCAGUAAAAAACUCGUCAAAGCCCUUUGGGGCAGCAGCUCUGUCGCAUCUGGCGGUAUAGUUUUCGCCUCAAGCGCUCAGCUUGUUGCUUUUGAACCAAACACUAUCUGCACUUUCACUGAUAAUCCAUCUUUGAAAGUAUCAUUGGAUACUAAGAAGACUUGGGCCUCGUUUAGUCCUACAUACUUCUCAGACCUAGCUACAGUUUCCUGUGUCUCAUCCUCUACCCCUCCUAAUACCAACCCACCUAAGACCGACCCACCUAAGACCGACCCACCAGCUGCUACAACUGUGCAACUCGCCAAUGAUCAGUCUGGUGCAAAUGCCAAUGUCGCUGUCCCUGCUGAUGGCAGUAAAAGCUCCGUCAAAGCCCUUUGGGGCAGCAGCUCUGUCGCAUCUGGCGGUGUAGUUUUAGCCUCAAGCGCUCAGCUUGUUGCUUUUGGAAAAGACACUGUCUGUACUUUCACUCAAAACUCAAAGACGCUUCUGUUGAAUGCCCAGACGACUUGGGGUUCGUUCGGUUCUGUGACGGAUUUGAGUGGUGCUGAAAUAUCUUGUAACUCUAAGUGA